UGGGGCACGUGGAGCAAGCAACGUUGCCGUUUUUGCAAAUCCACUUUCGUGGAGAUCUCUUGCGUGCCUUCAUCUCUCACAACGACCGUGCCACUCCUCAUAAAUUGGACAUUGGACCAUAAGCAUCCACCAUGAUGAGAGCCUUUCUUUUCCUCUCGUUCCUUCCCAUGCUAUCACUCCUGUCGGAAGUGGUAGCAUCCUCUUCGGCCAAUGAUAUUGGUUCCUGCCGUGCCGUCUACGAUCACAAUGGCGUUCCAUUUUGCGUCCUCCCUCCUGAUGAGCAACCAGCGUGUGGACUAUGGAUGGCACCUUCCACGUUGGGCGAAGGUGCCAAUUUGGGCAUGUACGCUGGAGUCGACAUUGAUAAGGGCCACGUGAUUCAGAAAGAAAUUGCCAUUCCCAUUGCCUUUCGAGAUUGGACGGGUCCCGAUUAUUUUUGGCAACUUCCUGAGGUAGAUAAGAGUGGCGAAAAGGACGAUGGCGCGCUGUGGUACCGUUAUAUUUGGUCGGGAUGGGUGGCCGAUUUGGAAACGUACCAAGAAACCAACCUUCAAGCCAAUAAGGUCGUUUUUGUGCCCGGCAUUGGAUGUACCAUUAAUAGUAUUCUCGAAAUGAGAAAUGUACAAUCCACGCAUGGCUCUACAUAUGAUACAGCAGGAUUGACACGGGGAGAUCCAAGCGCUGGAGCCUUUUCGCCCUAUUAUGACAGUCAAACCAAGAGUGUCAGAUUCAUACCAGCGGGAAGUGAAAUAUUUGCCGAUUAUGGCGACGAAUGGAUUCCCGACAUUCCAGGUGCUCAAAUCACGUUCAAUCUCGUCAUGGAUCGGGCCGAGGAUUUCUUGCGAGAUGAGUACUUUCCCUUUGUCCAAAAGCACAACCUGCCACCCAAUGUACUGGAGGGACUCUGGAACUUUACCCGAGAUUUCCCACAUUCGCAACCCGAAACCUUUACCGUAUUGCCACCAUCCAAAUUUCACUGGAAUGAUAUCCAACAAGCCUACCAUGACUUAUCCUUGCCAGCACAACAACAAAACAAUGACAAUGACAAUCAUCAAGACUACUACAAGGAACCAUCGUCACUGAUUCGACACUUUAUUCGACAAAAUGGCAAACGCAACAUGGACUGGCUGGUACAAGAAGGACGAUGCUGCGAUUACAUGCGAACGGGGGUUUCCAACAUUCCACAUGCCGGACGAGGUGCCUUUGCCACGCGCGAUUUGCCAAAGGGAACCAUUGUGGGCUAUUCUCCCUUGGUCCAUGCCGGAACGUUUGGAUUGGAUCUCUACAAUGUCCCCUACACCAUGGGCAAGAAUUCUACCAACAACAGUUACAACAAAUCCGACUUGGUACUCAAUUAUGCCUUUGGACAUUCGGCAUCCACCGUUCUCCUCAAUCCCUACGGCAGCAUGGUCAAUUACAUUAAUCAUUCCCCGCAACCCAAUGUCCGCGUCGUCUGGCCCGACCGGGAAUUGAUUGCUCACAAACCAGAAUGGGUUACAACCAAGGAUAUCCCAUUCUUGACACAUACGUUUGAAAAGAUUGGACUCUCGUUUGAUUACAUUGCACUGCGAGAUAUUGCCGAGGACGAAGAAAUCGUCAUGGAUUACGGACGGGAAUGGGAACAAGCAUGGGAAGCACACGUGCAGAAUUGGAAACCACCCAAAGAUGCCGACACGUAUGUGCAUUCGAGUCAAUGGAAGAACGAAACCAUGUUGCGGACAGUCGAGGAACUAAAAGAGAAUCCCUAUCCACCCAAUCUACACACCAUGUGCAUCCCGGCGUAUAUUUGGAAUGCCACCAAGAAGGCGUACUUGUACCUGCCCUUGGAGCGAGACUAUGUCGAUCGCGUUCGAUGUCGCAUCUUGGAACGACGACAACACGUGACCGAUCCCGACAAUCACCCCGAAGUCUACACGGUCGAGCUCCUGUUCAAGAAGAAUCGACACGUACGAACGCUCAACUUUCCUCGGUCGGCCAUUUUCUUGACGGAUCGCGUCAUGAGUCAAGAUUGGCACUUGCCCAAUACGUUUCGUCAUCCGAUUGGGAUCCCGGAUGAUAUCUUUCCGCCUCAAUGGAAGAACAAACUGGUAAAACUGGAGGAUGUAGAUGAGAAGAACGAGGAGGAAUCGUAGAGAUCCACGAGGAUAACUGAUGGUGGCCACGAUGAAACAAAGAAACGAACGAAGAAACAGAAAUAACUAGAAAGGGAAGAAAAACUCGAACAGUCCAAAAGGCCAUUGGAGUUGAAGCAGUCUUUUGAGGGGCAAGUAAGAGAUACGAAAUAAGACUUUCUUCACUUCAUUCUAUGCCAGUACAAUACCGGUAGAGAAGACCCGUUCUGAAUCUACGUUUUAUCUAUACACCUGACAAGACUACUCUGGAGAGCUUCUGGAGUAAGGAAGUGUUAGCAGGCAGGCAGGAAGAGCCCCACAGGGCACGGGGCCACAGGGAGAGCCCGAAGGUGAUGUCCUUGUAGUUUCAUUUUAGCGUCAUUGGUACGGUACGCCUUUCAUGCCAAGACCGCCUUCUUCGGUACACCUACCAGUACAUGUAUCUGCGCGACGACCUUCUUCGUUCCUCACCGAAAUACCUAUAUCAUCAAAGGCUACAUGUACUUACCGGUGAGAUCCUUCGCGAUGUCGAUCUCGUGGGAUGAUCUUGGUACUUGGCUGACAGUGAAAGCUCGAGUUUCGGCCCGCUCCGUGGAAGUAGCCCUUACAUGCUUACAACGGGCUACCUAUAUCAUCAAAGGCUGCCUGUACUCACCGGUGAGAUCCUUCGGGAUGUCGAUCCUGUGGGAUGAUCUAUGAUCUUGGCACUUGGCUGACAGCGAAAGCCCGAGCUGCGCACCGUGGAAGUAGCCCCUCGAAUUGAUACCGCAUACGGAUACUGGCACUAUGCUUGCAAUAGCUCUUGCAACUGCUCUGCCUGAGGGGAGGAGUAAGCGGAUGGUACGAUCCACAAAUAUAGCUUCGAACUCCCAGGAGCAACGCAACACCAACUAAAAAUCCCAACCCGGCAGAUUCGUUUUAGCUAGAAUUUUACAACGGGCACCACGAACCAGUUCAGCUAUCCACCGUUUUGGUCUCCGAGCAGGUCAAACAAGAAGGCAGAACAUUUCUACAACGCUAGGACGCCAGGAAACGAAACUCGGUCGAGGCAGCUCAGUCACAGAUGUGCAUGCACUGAAAGGCAGAGGGCAAUGAAUUAGCUCUCGUUCCCACUGUCUGCUCCGGGUUUCUUCUUUGGAGGUUGAAGGUCGUUGAAGAUGGGCUUCCUUUGCCGACCUAGUUCUCACUGCAACAACAAAAAUAAGGACUGGGCGCCAGAGGAGCGUCGCCACUCCCUUGCGAUGGCAACUUCAGCUGCCACAACUCCCAGUUGCUGGGCAAGACUAGAGUCUAGAUAGAUAGCUGUCAUGAUCAAGACCCGACAGUCUUAGUCCAGGUCAAUAAGUUGCUUAGGCUCCUCCCACCAAGUUGCAGGUACUUGUAGAUAAGUCCUCCACACUCAUGGAUAAGUCCAUCACUGUCACAAAAGGGAGGAUCUAAGUGGAGCCUUGCUUUGGGAAAGUAGAAAACACCAAUUUUUGUCUUUGAGUGAACCUUGGAAGAGCACACACGGGAAGGCCGUGUCGUACAUGCAGAUACGAUUGCCAUAGGAUCUACCAGAGUGUACUCGGAGUAAAGGGGAAGGAGAACCCGAGUCGAUGAACGCUGCCUUGAACGCUUUCUUGUGCUGCUCUCCUUGUCUUGAACAAAGAGUCCUGGACCGUCCGACGGUUUUCCUCAGGCUUUGAAAUGCGCGCGACUGACUCAUUAUCCCAGUUCUCAUUAGGGGGUUGUUUAAGGGGAUGUUGAAGCUUUAAGGGGUUGUUUAAGGGGAUGUUGAAUAUUUAAGGGGUUGUUGUUAAGGG